GCACAAAACAGUCACAAUCGCGCACCACUAUCCAUCCAACUAGAGCAGGGGCAGAGGCCAGAGCCCUGCGGUGCGGCGAUGCUCUCCUCACCCGCCUGCUCACCGUUCCGCCUACCCCUGACCCGCGGCGGCGCUCGCCGGAGGAGCGCCGCCGCCGCGACUAUCACGAUGCGGGACCGGAGCAAGAACCGGAAGCCGACGCAGCGCGGGCGGUACCUCAGCACCGAGGCCAUCCAGGCCGUCCAGUCCCUCAAGCGCGGCGCCCUCCGCGAUGACCCCGCCGCGUCCUCCGCUGCCGCGGUGGAGCCCAAGCUGAGGCGCCUCCUCAAGGCCGACAUGGUCGCCGUCUUCCGCGAGCUCGCCGCGCAGGGCGAGGCACUACUGGCCCUCCAGGUCUUUGAGGAGAUUCAGAAGGAGCAUUGGUACAAGCCUAGGUUGCUGUGGUAUGUAGAUCUUGUUACAGUGCUUGCAAGUAAAGAUUUGCGGUCUGAGGUUGACAAAGCCUGUUCCUACCUGAAGAGGGAACAAUUGGAGCCAGACACUGAAGGUUUCAAUCUGCUUCUGAAGGCACUCCUAAAUGCUGGCUUCACACAAUUAACACUGGAUUGUUUCCGUCUGAUGAAAUUGUGGGACAGUGAUCCUGAUAGGAUAACAUAUACAACAUUGAUCAAAGGUCUUGAAUCCCUAGGAAAGAUGGAGCUAUCUGCUGGUAUACGGUUGGAAGCAGAAAAUGAUUACGGUUGCUUGGACUUCCUUGAUGAAGUGGAGAUCGAAGAGGCUUGUACAAGUAGUUCAUAACAGGAUGGCCAAUGGUGGGUUGCUUGUUUAUUGAUUGAACAAGCAGGAGUUAUAUCUGCAUAGUUCGGAAUGAUCAUAUGGCAACCUGGCAAAGAAAUCAUCCGAAAUAUAUGCAUCGUUUAGGGUUUAGAAAGUAGAGCAACAUAACUUGUUGUGGCAACGGCUGCUGACUACCAAGAUCUAGCUGAUCAUGUGUCCAGAAACCCAGAAGGACUACCUGUAGGCUGUAGCUUUGUCAGUCCAUAUUUUCUUUUGUAACUUGUCUGGAUUUUUCUUUGAGAAGUUCUCUGCAUCUAUUCAUACUGUUGACUUGCCAUCUGAAUUAUAGUCACAUUACUGAAUUCUCUUUGCGACUUCCACUCAUACUGAAUAGAGGAAUAGGAUGCUUGUAAGUGGUACUUUUGUUUUAGAAUUAGUACUGGAGAUUGCUGUGUGUAAGUGGAGGAUUAUGGCAAUUGUUAAUAUCCAUUCA